UUUGGCGUUUAAGUAUUCAUUAAUCAAUGCUUUAAUUUUAUAGUUGGAAAAUUGAAGAAAAUGAAUGUUAAAAGGGUGAUAAUUGACUGUGAUGUGGGAACUGAUGAUUUUGUGGCCCUUUUGAUACUUUUUUAUGCGGAAAAAUUGAGACAAGUGAAAAUAGAAGCUAUAACAUUAUCAGCUGGGAAUACAACUUUGGAAAACGUCUCAAAAAAUCUUAUAAGACUUCUAGAGUUAAUAGGAAGAACAGAUGUUCCCAUUUUUAAAGGCUCUGAAAAACCUUUGAUUUUACAAAAAGGAAAGGUGAAAUUAUUUCAUGGAAAUGAUGGUUUUGGGGAUUUAAGCCAUGAAAAUGAACCUGAUAUAAGUAUAGUGAACAGUACACAUUCUUCUGUGGCUUUAGGUGAUAUAAUUAAUAAAAAUCCAGGAGAAAUUAGUUUGAUUUUUGUUGGGCCUUUAACAAAUUUAGCAUUGGCUAUAAAAUUGGACACUAAAAUUACUGAAAAUGUUAAAGAUUUGUGGAUUAUGGGGGGAAAUUAUACAGGAGUGGGAAAUUAUACGGCAACUUCAGAGUUUAAUUUUUAUUUUGACCCAGAGGCUGUGCAAAUUGUAUUAGAAUGUAUGAAAUGCCCCAUAAAUAUUUUACCAUGGGAAGCCUGCCUUGUACCCCAUAUACCUUUUGACUGGAGAUACAACAAUCUGGGAGUAACAUCCCCGAGUUUCAAACUCCUCACUCGUGCAGAAAGAGCUGUUUACCACGUUGACGAAAAAAAUUGGCUGCCCUGCGACGCUUUUGUGGCAUUUGUUUUCUUGAAUCCCGAGGAUUAUAUCGUCAAGAAAACCCCACAUCAUGCCGUAAUGGAGCUGCAUGGUCACCAUACAAGAGGCCAGCUAGUUUUGGAUCAUUUAAAGGAAAAUAAACCGAAUGUGCAUAUUAUAGAACAAUUUGAUGAUGCCAAGUUUAAAGAGUUGUUGCUUGAAAUAGAACUGGUUUUUUAGUUUUAAGUUUUUAUGAUUAAAUAAAUAUUAUUGAAU